AUGAACGAAACGUUCUCAAGCUUUUUAAAUCGUAACGAAGCCUUGGGGCUCAAUCCUCCACAUGGGUUAGAUAUGCAUAUUACCAAAAGAGGUUCUGAUUGGUUAUGGGCAGUCUUUGCAGUCUUUGCCUUUAUUCUGUUAUGCUACAUUGUGAUGUUCUUUAUUGCAGAGAAUAAAGCUUCUAGGUUAACUAGGUACGCCCUAGCUCCCGCAUUUUUGAUCGCUUUUUUUGAGUUCUUUGCUUUUUUUACUUAUGCUUCUGAUUUAGGUUGGACUGGUGUUCAAGCUGAAUUCAACCAUGUCAAGGUUAAUAAGUCCAUAACUGGUGAAGUUCCCGGCGUCAGGCAAAUCUUUUAUUCGAAAUAUAUCGCGUGGUUCUUAUCAUGGCCAUGUCUUUUGUUUUUGAUCGAGUUAACUGCAACUGCCACCGGUGAGGUUGAUGAUAUCUCCGCUUUAGAUAUGGUACACUCGCUAUUAGUCCAAAUUGUGGGUACUUUAUUUUGGGUUGUUUCAUUACUGGUAGGUUCAUUAAUAAAGUCCACUUAUAAGUGGGGUUAUUACACUAUUGGUUCUAUUGCCAUGUUGGUUACACAGGGUGUGAUAUGUCAACGUCAAUUCUUCAAUUUGAAGGUUAGAGGGUUCAACGCCCUUAUGUUAUGUACUACCAUGGUAAUCGUUUGGUUGUACUUUAUCUGCUGGGGUUUAAGCGAUGGUGGUAACCGUAUACAGCCAGAUGGUGAGGCUAUCUUUUAUGGUGUUUUAGAUUUAUGCGUAUUCGCCAUUUAUCCAUGCUACUUGGUCAUCGCAGCUAGCCGUAGUGGUAAGUUUCCAAAUUUUUCUUUGACACAAGGGUUCUCUCGUCACCAUGCUGUUGAUGAUGUGGAAAAUGCGGUUCCUGAAACAAAAGAAGUUGACCCAGAAAGCCCAAGAGCAUCUGGAGAGACUGCCAUCCACGAACCAGAACAUGAAGUAGAACAAGCCGUCGAAGAGACUGUUUAG